AUGUCAGACAUGAAAGAGGUUUUGGAGAGGCAAGAGCGAGAAAGGCGAGCAAGAAUGCGUAGAAGAGCUGCAAGCAAAAGGGCGCAGAGAGAACUAGAUGAGCAACUUGGUGUGGCCGUUGCUUUGCUGGAGGAAGAAAACCAAAGCCGCCGUGGUUCACGGGAAAGCCGGGCAUCGAAUGUGGACAAACAUAGACAUUCUCGGGUCAUGCAUGAUAUUUGCAAUUAUGAUGACUACUUUGUUCAAAAGAAAAAUUGUGCUGGAGAUUUGGGGCUGCUUCCCGAGCAAAAGUUCACAGCUGUGAUACGAAUGUUGGCGUAUGGGUCAUCUGCUAAUCAGGUGGAUGAGAUUGCCCGGAUGGGGAAGUCCACUAUUUUGGAGAGCUUGGUGCGAUUUUGUGAUGCUGUGGAAAAUCUGUACACCAGGGACUACCUGCGCAGACCUACGCCCAGGGACCUGCAACGGCUUCUACAAAAAGCUGAGUCUCGUGGAUUUCCUGGAAUGAUUGGUAGCAUUGACUGCAUGCACUGGCAAUGGAAAAAUUGUCCAGCUGCUUGGCAAGGGGAUUAUGGGAAUCGGAAAGGGCAGAAAAGCAUCAUCCUCGAAGCAGUUGCUGGUUUUGAUACAUGGGUUUGGCACGCCUUCUUUGGAGUUGCCGGCUCUCAAAAUGAUUUGAACGUCCUAGGUCAAUCCCCGGUGUUCAAUGAUAUUUUGAGAGGUAAAGGCCCAAAUAUCACAUAUCAAGUCAAUAAUACCGUCUAUCAGAACAGGUAUUAUCUAGCUGAUGGUAUCUACCCGAGGUGGACAACAUUUGUGAAAUCAAUUCCACAUCCCCAAUCACAAAAGGAAAAUUUUUUUGCUGCCUAUCAAGAGGGGUACAGAAAAGAUGUGGAGAGGUGCUUUGGUAUCCUUCAAGCUCGGUGGGCUAUUAUCAGGGGCGCGGCGCGUCUAUUUGACGAGGAGGUGCUUAGAAGUAUAAUGAUGACUUGUAUCAUCCUCCACAACAUGAUUGUGGAAGACGAGUAUGAUUACGAUGUUGAUGAAGUGUAUGAACUAGAUCCCAUGAACACGGCCAUAACACGAAUUUAUGAAAAACCUUUGGGGCCAAAUGGAGAACCAGUGCAACAUGAUCCGUUGGUUAGAGACGGUACUUUCAUGCAUCGUAUGAUUGAGCGCUACACGGAGAUGCAAUCGUCGUAUAUUCAUGAACACCGUCAAGUUGACUUGAUGGAGCAUUUGUGGGCGGUGAAAGGCAAUGAAGGUCAAUGA